GGCACUCGGACCGGCAAGUGCCACCUUGUCUUUCCCCAGUGUUGUACAGUUUACAACGUGCCAUCGCGCUGGUCUCCUCCUAACAAUGUCGGGAGGCGGAAAUUCUCACCUCCCUAAACAGAAGAUCGGAGGAGAGCGGGAGGAGGCCCAGCCUCGUGAUGAGGAAUAGCAAGGAGAGAAUUCAGCUCCAGUUCAAAAACCUACAAAAUCUGAGACUGUCACUGCUCGUGUAAGUUUUCUCUCUGAGCUACCAUAUGCUAUCGGCUGAAAUUUCCGGCAUCCCUGGGGGAGAGGAGGCCAUCAGGGCAGACCUGCUAUGGACCUGAAAGAUUCGGCCCCAGGAUUCCAGCUUUCCCUCCUGGCCAGAAAUGUUCAGCCUGGACUCAUUCAGAAAAGAUCGGGCCCAGCACAGGCAGCGUCAGUGCAAACUUCCCCCACCCCGCCUUCCACCCAUGUGUGUCAACCCUGCCCCUGGAGGGACCAUCUCUCGAGGCUGAACGUUAACAUUUCCAACAUGGCAGCUUCUAGGGACCUAUUAAAAGAGUUCCCACAGCCCAAAAACCUUCUCAACAGUGUAAUUGGAAGAGCCCUCGGCAUCUCACAUGCAAAAGACAAACUGGUCUACGUGCACACGAAUGGACCGAAGAAAAAGAAAGUCACCCUCCACAUAAAGUGGCCCAAGAGCGUGGAGGUAGAAGGCUAUGGCAGCAAGAAGAUCGACGCCGAGCGGCAGGCUGCGGCGGCGGCCUGCCAGCUGUUCAAGGGCUGGGGACUGCUGGGUCCCCGAAAUGAACUGUUUGAUGCAGCCAAAUACCGUGUGCUAGCCGAUCGCUUUGGCUCUCCGGCUGACAGCUGGUGGCGCCCGGAACCCACCAUGCCACCUACUUCCUGGCGGCAGCUAAACCCUGAGAGCAUUCGGCCAGGGGGCCCUGGGGGCCUGUCCCGCUCCUUGGGCCGGGAGGAAGAGGAGGAUGAGGAGGAAGAGCUGGAAGAGGGGACCAUUGAUGUCACUGACUUCCUGUCCAUGACGCAGCAGGACUCCCACACCCCACUCAGGGACUCGAGGGGGGGUUCCUUUGAAAUGACAGACGACGACAGUGCUAUUAGGGCUCUGACCCAGUUUCCACUUCCCAAGAACCUUCUGGCCAAAGUGAUUCAGAUAGCAACAUCGUCCUCCACAGCUAAGAACCUCAUGCAGUUCCAUACCGUGGGCACCAAGACCAAGCUGUCCACCCUCACUCUGCUCUGGCCCUGUCCCAUGACCUUUGUCGCCAAAGGGCGCCGCAAAGCGGAGGCUGAGAAUAAGGCGGCGGCCCUGGCCUGCAAGAAACUGAAGAGCCUGGGCCUGGUGGACCGCAACAACGAGCCGCUUACCCAUGCCAUGUAUAACCUGGCCUCUCUGCGUGAACUGGGUGAGACGCAGCGCCGGCCGUGCACCAUCCAGGUGCCUGAGCCCAUCCUCCGAAAGAUAGAGACCUUCCUGAACCAUUACCCUGUGGACAGUUCGUGGAUCUCCCCGGAGCUCCGGCUGCAGAGCGAGGACGUCUUGCCCCUGGGCAAGGACUCAGGGCCCCUGAGUGACCCGAUCACAGGCAAGCCCUACGUGCCCCUGUCAGAAGCAGAGGAGGUGCGUCUGAGCCAGAACUUGCUGGAGCUGUGGCGGCGGCGAGGGCCAGUCUGGCAGGAGGCCCCCCAGCUCCCCGUGGACCCGCAUCGGGACACCAUCCUCAACGCCAUCGAGCAGCACCCAGUGGUGGUCAUCUCCGGGGACACGGGCUGCGGCAAGACCACGCGCAUCCCCCAGCUGCUGCUGGAGCGCUACGUGACCGAGGGCCGCGGCGCCCGCUGCAACGUGAUCAUCACGCAGCCGCGUCGCAUCUCCGCUGUGUCCGUGGCACAGCGGGUCAGCCAUGAACUGGGCCCCUCCUUGCGCCGGAACGUGGGCUUCCAGGUGCGGUUGGAAAGCAAGCCCCCGGCCCGCGGCGGAGCCCUGCUCUUCUGCACCGUGGGCAUCCUGCUGCGGAAGCUGCAGAGCAACCCCAGCCUGGAGGGCGUGAGCCACGUCAUUGUGGAUGAGGUCCACGAGCGGGACGUGAACACGGACUUCCUGCUGAUUCUGCUCAAGGGCCUGCAGCGGCUCAACCCGGCCCUGCGACUUGUGCUCAUGAGCGCCACGGGCGAUAACGAGCGCUUCUCCCGCUAUUUUGGCGGCUGCCCUGUCAUCAAGGUGCCGGGCUUCAUGUACCCGGUCAAGGAGCACUACUUGGAGGACAUCCUGGCCAAGCUGGGCAAGCACCAGUACCCGCACCGGCACCGGCACCACGAGUCUGAGGAUGAGUGCGCACUCGAUUUGGACCUCGUGACGGAUCUGGUUCUGCACAUUGAUGCCCGAGGGGAGCCAGGUGGAAUCCUCUGCUUCCUGCCUGGUUGGCAGGAGAUAAAAGGAGUACAGCAGCGCCUCCAGGAGGCCCUGGGCAUGCACGAAAGCAAGUACCUCAUCCUGCCAGUGCACUCCAACAUCCCCAUGAUGGACCAGAAGGCCAUAUUCCAGCAGCCGCCGGUUGGGGUGCGCAAGAUUGUGUUGGCCACCAAUAUCGCGGAGACGUCGAUCACAGUCAAUGAUAUUGUGCAUGUGGUGGACAGCGGUCUGCACAAGGAGGAGCGCUAUGAUCUGAAGACCAAGGUGUCCUGCCUGGAGACUGUGUGGGUGUCACGAGCCAACGUGAUCCAGCGCCGGGGCCGGGCGGGCCGCUGCCAGUCAGGCUUUGCCUACCACCUGUUCCCGCGGAGCCGGCUGGAGAAAAUGGUCCCUUUCCAAGUGCCAGAGAUUCUGCGCACGCCCCUCGAGAACCUGGUGCUACAAGCCAAAAUCCACAUGCCUGAGAAGACGGCAGUGGAGUUCCUUUCCAAGGCCGUGGACAGUCCGAACAUCAAGGCGGUGGAUGAGGCUGUGAUCUUGCUCCAGGAGAUCGGGGUGCUGGACCAGCGGGAGUACCUGACCACCCUGGGGCAGCGCCUGGCCCACAUCUCCACUGACCCCCGGCUGGCCAAGGCCAUAGUGCUGGCCGCCAUCUUCCGUUGCCUGCACCCGCUGCUGGUGGUCGUUUCCUGCCUCACCCGGGACCCCUUCAGCAGUAGCCUGCAGAACAGGGCGGAGGUGGACAAGGUGAAGGCACUGUUGAGCCAUGAUAGCGGCAGUGACCACCUGGCCUUUGUGCGGGCCGUUGCCGGCUGGGAGGAGGUGCUGCGCUGGCAGGACCGCAGCUCCCGAGAGAACUAUCUGGAGGAAAACCUGCUGUAUGCCCCCAGCCUGCGGUUCAUCCAUGGACUCAUCAAGCAGUUCUCAGAGAACAUUUACGAGGCUUUCCUGGUGGGGAAGCCCUCAGACUGCACCCUGGCCUCUGCCCAGUGCAACGAGUACAGCGAAGAGGAGGAGCUGGUGAAGGGUGUGCUGAUGGCGGGCCUCUACCCCAACCUCAUCCAGGUGAGACAGGGCAAGGUGACUCGGCAGGGCAAAUUCAAGCCCAACAGCGUCACGUACAGGACCAAAUCAGGAAACAUCUUGCUACACAAGUCGACCAUUAACAGAGAGGCCACGCGGCUGCGGAGCCGGUGGCUGACGUAUUUCAUGGCUGUCAAGUCCAACGGCAGUGUCUUCGUCCGGGACUCCUCCCAGGUGCACCCACUAGCUGUGCUGCUGCUGACCGACGGAGACGUCCACAUCCGUGAUGAUGGGCGCCGGGCUACCAUCUCCCUGAGCGACAGUGAUCUGCUGCGGCUGGAGGGCGACUCGCGCACCGUGCGGCUGCUUCGGGAGCUGCGCCGAGCGCUGGGCCGCAUGGUGGAGCGGAGUCUGCGCAGCGAGCUGGCCGCUCUGCCGCCGGGCGUGCAGCAGGAGCACGGGCAGCUGCUGGCGCUGCUGGCGGAGCUGCUGCGUGGGCCCUGCGGCAGCUUUGACGUGCGCAAGACGGCGGAUGACUGAGCCCCGUUGUCUGCUGGGGCUGUGUACAGAGUGCAAAUGUUUAUUUAAAAUAAAGUUCUAUUUAUCCCUUGUGAGCAUUGCUCUCCGCGGGGGGCUCCUCUCUCGGGGGCCCGGCACCCACGCUCCUGCUUCUUACAGGGCCCAGGGCUGCUGCCUUUUCUGGGCCAGGACCCUGGCCUCCCUCUCGGGGCCGGUGGUCCACUGCGGGCUCUUCGUGAAUCUUUACCUCCUAGCCCCUUGAGCAGAACCAGGGACAAGUUCCACAAGCAGCUAAGGCCACUUGAACCUCAACCUUCAGGGGCCUUAGGUGGUGCAGCAGCCCUUUUGUGACUUUGCUAAGGUCAUCAAGACGGCAUGGUACCCAGCAGCACGCUGAAGCCAGCGGAUGCGCUACGGGGCAAGGUCAGUGAUGCUGGAGCUGGAGACAAACCAGGACGGACAGAAGAGACGGGCCCGUGCGGUAGGACAUCAUGAGCUUUAUUGACUCUUGAGAGAAGUACAACAGAAUCACAGAUUGACACAGGCAAUGGCUGAGCCAGAAGCAAACUGGAGGUGCAGAAAUGCACCCACAUGCUGUCAGGGCACCUUCUCGGCCUUGGGGGACGCUUCAAGGGAGCUGGGACCACACCAGCCCACACAGACUGUUCCCCACGAGGCUCACUUCUCACAGCCCUUCCCUCGGACUGAGAGCCAGUCACCUGCCUCAGCAUCUGUGGCCCCGGGGCUAAAGAGGAGGGCACAGGUACUUUCCGGCCCUGCAGCUGUCCCCCUUCCUCCCCAGCUGCCUUCCGUCCCUCUCUCCUGCUGACAAGACGCGGGUGCCCCGAUGUCCUUGGCACAUGGCACUCUAGCAUCUGGUGCAGGGAAGGCUUUCUCCACCAGCCCCCUGCAGCACGUGCUUGGGGAGCUGCGGAUGUGGUGUCCCACCUCUCCGAGGGAAAUGCUACCUCCGAAGUGGGAGAACCUGCCGGCCCAGAUGCCCGCCCUCUACAUGGAGGUCCGAUCGGAACCAACGUCAAGAACCCUUCCUCCUGGGCUCCAGGAAGGGAGACAACAGGCGCAAUGGCGGGGUGGGGCGGCGAGGGGCCAAGUCUGGCGACCUCAAGGGGCAAGUCUGCGCUGCAGGAAAUGCUCCUCCAGAGGAGACGCCCUCAGAGACUCCCCGCCAUUUCACUACAAACUGUUACAUUUUAAUCCUUUAUUAGAAACCAUGCAAACUUUAAUACAAAAAAAAAAAAAAUACAAGUGCAA